CACCACCUCUCCUCGCGUGCUCGUUCCCCUAUUACCUUUCCCUGGGUCUCUACGCACUUCCAUUAGAAAUCAACCACACUUGGGACAGAUACAUAGCUUCUUUGACUCUCAGCUUCUUAAGCGUACUCAUUUGCAGUCCUUCUGAAACGGCCUCAAUCCUACAUUCUUCUUUCCUCGAUUCAGCUUACUCUUCCCGGGUUUGGGAGAGCUUCCCCGCACCUACCGCUGCACAACAUCAUGCGCAUCACGGUAAGCGUAAUUCGCCCAGACCAGGCCGAUGCCGAUAUUAUCUCCCUCGAAGUCGGGGCGGAUAUGACCGUCGAGCUCCUGAAAGCUAUUGUUGAAAGUGAAACCUCGAUACCGCCCGACGCCCAGCGACUCGUAUAUAACAAUCAACUCCUCGGUGAUGACUCCCGUACGCUUGAGCAAGUCGGCAUCGGUGAAGGGGAUAUGCUCGGUGUCCAUGUGACGCUGCGAGGGCCCCCCGCGCCCACCCGGAGCAUAGGAGGUCCCAGCUCUGCUGCCGCCCAACAGAAUCUGCAGCGACGUCAGGCUAUGACCCCAGAUCCCGAGACAAUUCGCCUACAUAUUUUGGGUGACCCUCGUGUACGGGAAGCCGUCCGAAGGCAGAACCCGGAAUUGGCGGACGCUGCCAACGAUGCGCAGCGGUUCCGCGAGGUCCUCACCCGACAACAAACCCGCGAAGCUCAAAUGGAGGCGGAGAAGGAGGCGCGGAUUGCCAUGUUGAAUGCCGAUCCUUUCAAUCCCGAAAAUCAGAAGCAGAUCGAAGAGAUCAUUCGUCAGAAUGCUGUGACGGAAAACCUCCAUAAUGCAAUGGAGCAUCAUCCGGAGUGUAAGUCGGACCUGCAAGUGUUCAUAAUUUGCGGAGCUGGUGAUUAAACAUACAGCACAGCAUUCGGUCGCGUAACCAUGUUGUAUAUCCCUGUCGAGGUCAACGGCCACAAACUCAACGCUUUUGUCGACUCCGGUGCACAGGUCACCAUCAUGUCGCCAGAAUGUGCGACC